AAACGUCAACAAAUAAAACUGUAGAAAACGCCUGUGUGGACACAUUCUAGUCCCUUAAAACGAAUAAGAGUUGACUGGACCCGGGCAGGAGAUGAUGAAGUCUUAAAGCGUCUCUCCCAUCGUUAUUCCAGUCAGCACCAUGGCUGGCUUCAGGCAGGAGGAUGUUGAGCUGUAUUAUGAGAUGGGAGAGGAGCUGGGCAGCGGCCAGUUCGCCAUCGUCCGUAAGUGCAUCGAGAAGUGCACCGAUGUCGAGUACGCGGCCAAGUUCAUCAAAAAGCGGCGCCUGUCGUCCAGCCGGCGUGGCGUGAGCCGCGAGGAGAUCGAGCGCGAGGUCAACAUCCUGCGGGAGAUCCAGCACAGCAACAUCAUCACGCUGCACGACAUCUUUGAAAACAAGACGGACGUGAUCCUGAUCCUGGAGCUGGUGUCCGGCGGAGAGCUGUUCGACUUCCUGGCCGAGAAGGAGUCUUUGACCGAAGAGGAGGCCACGCAGUUUCUGAAGCAGAUCCUGGACGGCGUUUAUUACCUCCACUCCAAACGCAUCGCUCACUUUGACCUGAAGCCUGAGAAUAUCAUGCUGCUGGACAAGAAUGUUCCCAACCCCAGGAUCAAGCUGAUUGAUUUUGGCAUCGCUCAUCAGAUUAAAGCAGGAAACGAGUUUAAAAACAUUUUUGGAACUCCGGAGUUUGUUGCACCAGAAAUAGUCAACUAUGAGCCACUUGGCCUGGAGGCAGACAUGUGGAGCAUCGGAGUGAUCACUUAUAUUCUGUUGAGCGGCGCAUCUCCAUUCCUGGGCGAGACCAAACAGGAGACUUUAACCAACAUCUCUGCCGUGAACUACGACUUCGACGAGGAGUAUUUCAGCAACACCAGCGAGCUGGCCAAGGACUUCAUACGCCGCCUGUUGGUCAAAGACCCAAAGAAGAGAAUGACGAUUGAUGAGAGUCUGCAGCACCCCUGGAUAAAGGUGAUCAAGAGACGGAACGUUCGACAGGAGGACAGAGACCACAAGACGGAGCGCCGGCGCCUGAAGACCACCCGGCUGAAGGAGUACACCAUCAAGUCCCACUCCAGCAUGCCUCCCAACAACACCUACGUCAACUUCGAGCGCUUCUCCCAGGUGCUGGAGGAGAUCGCGGCGGCCGAGGAGGGCCUGAGGGAGCUGGAGCGAAACCAGCACUCGUGCCAGGAGGACGUGGCGGCGCUGCUGUCCAUCUACGAGGAGAAGGAGGGCUGGUACAAGGAGGAGAACCAAAGCAUCUCCGCCGACUUGAGCCACGUCCGCCAGGAGCUGCAGCGCACGCAGGCCCAGCGCCGCAAAUGUCAGGAGGACACCCGGCAGACCAUGCAGAACGCCAACACCCUCAGGCGCAAGCUCGGGCGGCUGGAAAACCGCUACGAGGUUCUGGCUGAGCAGGUGGCCUCCGAGGUCCGCUGGGUGGAGGAGCUGCUGAACUCCAUGUCGGCGGAGGACGGCCUCGGAUCUGGCAGCAUGCCCUGAGCGGGGCGUCAUCCGGCAGUGACGGUUUCACUCUCGCGUUGCUCCCUUCUGCUCGAUUCACGCGUGAUCAUCGAACGCUGCUGCUGCUGCUGCUCAUCGGGAAAACGCUCCACUACUUCAAUGUCGAGAGGACAACUUGUUGAAGCCAUUCCCACGCAGAAAACCUCCUUCCUGUGUUUUUAUAAAUUAAUUUAUCCUUUUUAGAUGUUUCAUGUACUGUAACUUAGCUGUCAUUUCAAUGUGUUGAGUGGAAUCAAAACACAAAUAUGCUCUUAAAUUUACUUUUUGAAUUUUUUUUUUUUUGGAACUUAUUUUGAUUUUGUAUGAAAUUGGAAUCCAGUUACGUGAAAAAGCUUCACAAUAUAUUUGUAUAAUAGUUUUUUUAAGGGAUUUGUGGGUAUUUAUUCAUGCAGUUGCAUGUAUUUUUUUAUUUUAAAUUUUUUAAUGUCAUGCGGCAUUAAAUUUCUCCCAGAAGUCUGGAGGGAGUGUCGGCACGAUAAACAAACUUUUAGCACAGAAAACUCAGCUUUCUAAUUCAUUUCGAUUGAUUAAUUGGUGCCAGAUUAUGAUUUUAAUUUUUAAUCUACAAUUCAGUCUGGGUUGACAAACUUGUAAAAGUAGAGCAUUACCUCAUUUAGGAAUGUAUACAUUUAUUUUUGCAGUGCCUGAAAACUGACUAACCUCAUUGCCUUUAUGAGCAUUCGCCUGCCAUCAGGUUAACAUUGUUUCAGACCCAUUUAUAAAAUGCCUGAAGUCUUAACGCAGCUUCUUUUUGCACAGGAGCCUCGUAAACCAAAUGGCGUGCAUGGAAAUGGAAACUUUCUCUGUGUAUAUCUAGUCUAUUUUUUUUUUCAUCUUCUGCACAUUUGAAACAUUCCAUUGAUGGGUUUCACAUUUGGCUUCCACAUUCCCUGUGAAUAUAUUAAAAGGCAUUAUGUAUAGUCCGUAGUAUUUUUUUAGCAGAGAAAUGUACUCAUUUGCACCUAAUCUAAAGCAGAGUUUCAGAUUCUAUUUUAAUCUGUAUAAUAAUGAAUUAAGAGCUUGUUUUAAAUAAAGAAACUUAUAGCUUAAACUGUUAUUGGGUUCAUGUAAUUUUCCUCUGUAAGGGCACUGUACUGAUUUCAACAAUAAACAUCCUCUUCUUGAUACUA